AUGGUUAAUAGUCUGUCACUGCGGAGCAUCUUGGAUGCAAAUAAACUCACUAGCCCAAACUUCCUCGAUUGGUUUCAGAACCUCAAGAUCGUCUUGAAACAGGAGAAGAAAUCUUAUGUCUUUGACACUCCUAUUCCACCAAUCCCUGCUACUGAUGCUAAAGUUGAGGAUAAGGAAGCAUAUCAACGUCAUAAGGAUGACGAUGAUCAGGCAGCAUGUGUGAUGCUAGCUAGUAUGAUCCCUGAGCUCCAAAAGCAGCAUGAACAUAUGGAUGUUCAAUCCACAAUUCUUCACCUUAGAGAACUGUUCGAUAAGGAGAGGGCACUGAGAGAUAUGAGAUCUCUAAAGAACUAUUCCGAUGCAAGAUGGCAGAAGGUAGUUCUCUUUAGUCAGUUCGGGUUGAACUUCCAUAUGAAUCGAUUGGAAGCCACUCUUCUUGAACUUUUGAAUAUGCCAGACACAGCAGAGAGGUCCAACAGGAAAGAUAAGGGAUCAUUGCUUAUUGUUUCUUCUUUCAAGGCUCAUAUGAAGCAAUAG